AUGCCGAAUUAUGUCACAAUCGAAAGCCAAAUCAGCGCAGUGGACAAUCUCAAUGAUCCAGUGCCAAGCUGGAAUCGACCAGCCACGAUUCUAGGCACCACGCUCGCUUUUAGUGCCAUAACGUCAAUCUGCGUCUCCUUCAGAUUACACACGAGAUUCUUCGUUCUUCGAGUGCCAGGAUGGGACGACUACAUGAUGGGGACAGCGAUGUUGGUAGGAGUUAUUGGGGUUGUUUGUAUGUGUCUAGGUGUGUGCUCUUCUCAUGACGAAUUACAGUUUAAUGACCAUUUAACUAAUGAACACACAGCGCCAUACCUCGGAGGUCUGGGUGAGCAUUUUGUCGAAUUGUCGGCCGAAAAACGAAAAACAUAUUUCUUUCUCUUCUACCUGGCAGAUGGCAGUUUUGUCACUUCGGUCGGGAUGAUUAAGAGCUCCUUAUUACUACAAUAUCUCCGAGUAUUCAAACGACAUACCGUCCAACGAGAUGCCUGCAUGGUUGUAUUGAUCGCCGUCGCAAUCUGGGGUUCUGUCACGACAUUCAUGGCUUGGUUCCCAUGCUUUCCGAUAAAAGGGUAUUGGGAUUGGAGUAUAACGGACAGAAAAUGCUACGGAUACGGCUCGCUCUAUGUUUCGGACCACUACGCAACUUUCCUCGCACAUUCGAUUGCCAACAUGCUCCUGGACAUUAUUAUUCUACUUCUACCGACACCACUUCUUUGGGACUCGGACACAUUAAAGCGAACGAAGCUGGGUAUCGCCGGUUUACUAACACUCGGGCUCAUUGCGAACAUUCUCGCGGUGCUUCGCCUCGCCGAAACAGUCAAACACAAGGCUAUGUCGCACCCAACCUUCGACCAUUCUUGGUACGCACCACCUCUCUGCUUACUGGGGAUGCUCGAGGUCAACGUUGCCUGCAUAGGCGCUUCCAUCCCGGUGUUCUGGCCCGUCAUUAGAAGCACAAUGAACGCCAUAUUUGUCACCCGCGAGAUUGAUGUUCAAGUUGCAUCUCGCAGCAUGCAUCUGGAACGCUCCGAGAGUCUUUAUAGCCACGAUAACAGCGAUGGAGAGCGGAGGUUGUGGAAUAACUCUCGCGGGGAAUCGAGUCACAAUGAACACUAUAAAGACACAUACAUCAUGGACCAUGUUGACCCUCUGCGGAAGAAAAAGUCGGGAGCGGUUGAUUCUGUCAUCACAGCAGAUCGAAACAAAUAUUAA